AUGAAUGAUUAUAAUCAAGUACAGGUGGCCUAUCGACAAAAAUGCAAAGAGAGAAUACAGCGACAGCUUGAGAUCACCGGACGAUCAGUAACUGAUGGUGAAGUUGAAGAAAUGCUUGAAUCUGGAAAUCCAGCUGUAUUUACACAAGGCAUUAUGGUUGAAACUGCACAAGCUAAACAAUCACUUGCCGAUAUUGAAGCACGACAUGGUGAUAUUAUAAAAUUAGAAAAAAGUAUUAAAGAAUUACAUGAUAUGUUUAUUGAUAUGGCUGCUCUUGUUCAAACACAAGGUGAAAUGAUUGAUCGAAUUGAAUUUAAUGUAGUUCAAUCAGAAAAUUUUGUCAAAGCUGCAAGUACAGAUACAAAGAAAGCAGUUAAAUUUCAAAGUGCAGCCCGACGGAAAAAAAUUAUUAUACUUAUUUGUUUGGCUGUAAUUAUUGUUAUUCUCGGAUCGAUGGUCGCCGGAUGGCUUGGCAUCAAAAGAUAG